AUGGGUAAUGAAUCUUCGAAAGCACCUAAAGCGUCAUCAGGAAAAGGACGAGUGGCUACAUCAUUAGGUAUUGGAUCAGGGCCGUCACAGAGUACCGUCCAGCGACACAUCGACAAUGCAAGGAAAAGUCGGAUUUUGCAGUUGAAAGCAUGUGGCUUGAAGUCCAUGCCGUCAGCUUUGAAUGAGCUUUACGAAGUCAUCCGAAAUCUGGAAUUGAGCCAGAAUAAAAUAAAGGAACUGCCUCCUGAUAUAGGAUAUUUUACCGUCCUGAAACAGUUGCACCUUUCCGAAAACGCUCUCACUCAACUUCCGGAUGAAAUUGGUUCACUGAAAAAUCUGGAAAUACUCAACCUUCAGUCGAACAAGUUAUCAUCGUUGCCUGAUACUAUAGUAGGAUGCACAUCAUUGAAGACGCUCAACCUUUCUGCAAAUAACUUCAUACAAUUUCCCGUGCCUGUUUGUCACCUAAUGUCGUUGGAAACGCUAAACCUAUCUCAGAAUGCAAUAACCGAACUACCUGAUGAGGUGAGCUCAUUGAACGCAUCAGAAAUGAACCUGAACCAGAACCGUCUCAACUUCCUCAAUGCGGACGCCCUCGCGAAAUGUCCACACUUGAAAAUUCUCAGGCUGGAGGAGAAUUGCCUAGCCAAGACGGAAUUCACGCCUAAUUUACUUAUUCAUUCUACUGUAAGCAUAAUAAAUUACUCCGGGAAUAUAUUCCAAGAUCGGGAGUUUCAAAGCCUACCAGGUUAUGAAGAAUACCAAGAACGCUUUACUGCAACGAGAAGAAAAAUGUAA